CAUUGCAUUGCACAGUCGUGGUAUUUUUUUCAUUUUGUAAUCAAAGUGGUUCUAUGCGUACUUCCGCAAGGUUUUUGUUUUAGUUUCAGGGGGGCCAGCCCCUGGCCGUUGAACUAUUUCAAUGCCGUGAAAAGUGCAAUCACGAUGAGCAAAAUGUCCAAGAACAAAUUGAACCUGACCCUCCCACCGGGGUCUAUCGACACGGCCCCGGCUGCGACUCCAUCGAACAUGACUCCGCAGUUGAAGUCCGCGACGGCCACUGAUCGAAUGACGGGCCUCGCUGGAAAAUCGAAGAGCAGCAUCGAGGUCCUCACAGAGAGGCUGGAACAGAUCGAGAUGGACGACACCCAGCGACGACGGAUAGAAGUGUUCCUUUGCCAGAAAGAGAAGAUCGGAGAGCUGAGCGACGAUGACUUUGAGAAACUCGGCGAACUUGGUCAGGGCAACGGUGGCGUCGUAAUGAAAGUCCGUCACAAGUCGACAGGCCUAAUCAUGGCGCGCAAGCUCAUCCACCUCGAAGUGAAGCCAGCCAUCAAAAAACAGAUCAUCAGAGAGCUGAAAGUUCUACAUGAAUGCAACUUUACCCACAUCGUUGGAUUCUACGGGGCCUUCUAUAGUGAUGGUGAAAUCUCCAUUUGUAUGGAAUAUAUGGAUGGUGGCUCCUUGGAUUUGAUUUUGAAGAAAGCUGGCAGGAUUCCGGAGUCAAUUUUAGGAACUAUAACCUCAGCGGUACUGAAAGGGCUGAGCUACCUGCGCGACAAGCACGCCAUCAUGCACCGCGACGUGAAGCCUUCCAACAUACUAGUGAAUAGCAAUGGCGAGAUCAAGAUCUGUGACUUUGGUGUCUCCGGCCAGCUUAUUGACUCCAUGGCCAACUCGUUUGUUGGCACUAGGAGUUAUAUGUCGCCGGAGCGUCUACAAGGCACGCAUUAUUCCGUUCAGUCGGACAUCUGGUCGCUCGGCCUGUCUCUAGUAGAGAUGGCAAUCGGGAUGUACCCCAUCCCCCCGCCUGACGCCAAGACAUUGGCGCACAUCUUCGGCGCGCAGAACGAGGACCACUCCCCUGGACAGUCCGUGUCUGCCAUCCCCGCGCCGAACUCGCCGCGGCCGAUGGCGAUAUUCGAGCUCCUGGACUACAUAGUGAACGAGCCGCCGCCUAAGCUGCCCUCUGGUCUGUUCUCCGACCACUUCAAGGACUUCGUCGACCGCUGCCUCAAGAAGAACCCGGAUGAGCGGGCCGACUUGAAGACCCUUAUGAACCACGAGUGGGUGCGGCUGGCGGAGGCGGCCGGCGUGGACAUCGCGGGCUGGGUGUGCAAGACCAUGGACCUGCUGCCCUCCACGCCCAACUCUAACGUGUCUCCUUUUUCUUCAUAAGCUGCAAGAAGUGCAUAAUUUCAACAGCGAAAAAGGGUCAAAACAUUUCCCAAGAAAGAGCGGGCGACACGAUCAGUGAAGAUUCGGGGUCCGAAGAGCAUUGAGGUCGGACAGAGAUAGCAGUAUGUCAACUCUAGAUACCAUUUCACUCACACGUCCGGCACUGUCAGGGCGAACUACCCGAUGAAUGGCAGUGAAACCAGCCGUCGGCUCCUAUUUUUGGAGGAAAGCCGACGAUAGGGUAGUUCCCCCAUAUAAUGCACGGUUGACACCUGUCAAGGUGUCAGCUGUGGGUGAUACUGUGUCGGGCGCUAAGAAGUCAUGUUUGACGCGGUCAGUUUCGAAAACUUUACACUGUGAUAACUAAACUAUCACUUUAAUGUCUUAAAAAAUAUAAAGUGUCCAUUUUUAAAUGUGAAAAAAAAAACUAGUGAUUUCAUUUGUUUGCUUUAUUGUAUCGCCAAGCAAGAAUAAAUGAAUAAGAUAAUUUUAUCUGCAAUGGCAAACUGACUUCAUUCUGUAGCUAUUCAUUAAUAAUGAAACUUGUUGGUUGUGUAAAAUGUAACAUGUUUUCAUAAUUGUAAUCGAAAACGUAAACACGAAAUUAUAAGGAAUAAUGUCAUGAAAUGUAAUUACUAAUAAGAUCGAAGGCAAAGCGAACUGACCGCCGUCCGUCACAACUGAAACAUUAAACGAAACAUAUCACAAAACAAUUAGUACGCAUCGGGAGAACUGGCAUCAAAUACUCAAAAUUGAACAUUUAAUUUCUAGAAUUGGCUAAAUUAAGGUAAAUUUCUUAGGCAUUUCGAGUGUUACGCUACACUUGGAAACUAAAUGUCUUUAGUUUUUGGGACUUCCAUCCAUAUAUUCCGUAUAUGGUGUGAGAUAGUGCCACCGAUGGUAGUGUAUUGUAACACCGAUAGAUAGGAGUAAUAAUACUAAAACAUAGUGCAUUCGUGGACGAAUCGAGGUUUCGCAACGUAAAACGACUAAUUGAUAAAUGGUCAAGUAGAGUUGAUUUCACUAGUCGCAAGUCGAAAAAUGUUAGUAGUGUUUUGACAUAUUUUUCUUUGCUGAAAGUGCGUGAUUCAUGUCAGCUGAUACUCGUUAUUUGGAUAAUUUAAAGGAAGCCGCAGCACUCAAACGGGGCCGGCUCUGCUCCCGUGGGACUGUUGCGGCAUCCGUCUUUUGUAAUCUGUAAAAUACAGUCAUUUGUAGACUACACGAAAAAAUAUAAAAUCAUAAAAAAAAUAUUCGGUAGCAGGGGGCGGUAAAUCGAUGAAGAGCAUACCAUUCAAAGCAGCGUCCCUCACAAUAAGGUUUAUGUAUGGCGAUUUUUCCCUGUAAUUUAGCUUAGCAGUUGCGCCAAAUAUAUAUCGCCUAAUAGAUAUUCUUGCAUACGAAGAUUUUUAAAUGGAUUGAUUGAAUUUUCUGUGAUAAACAUCAUGUGAUAACAGUUUACGCUUAUAAUAUGGGAAUCCAUUGGUUCGGAGGAACGAUGCUUUGCAUGGAGGUUUACAGUCUUCAUUGAGUUACUCCUCUCUGGUGGUAGUUAUGUUUUUCUUCAUAUUUUGACGUGAUGCACUACUUUACGUUUGGUUUGUGUAUAUGGUAGCUUCGUUUUAGUCCUGUUUUGUCCCGAGCACGUGUUUAGUUAUGUAGUGUGAUGUGUUGUGUGUGCGGUUUGGCUGCGUUCAGGCCCGUAAACUAUAUUGACACUAAAGUUGUCUGCUACUUACUUAAUAUACGACGAUAUCGCGUCCGUUAAAUUUAAAAUGGUUGUUUUUUGUGUGGCAAAUUUAGGCCUCUGGGACUACAGGUGUAGACCUGCCUUUUCAACAUUUGCGUCAAAAAAGUAACGAUAUCAUCAUUAACAACAUCAUAUGAUAUUAAAUUAUAUAAAUAAUUUUCUAAAAUUGAGUUAUAUGUGGCAGGCAACAAUGUGCAAAUUGGAUUAAUACGAGCAGGUACAAAGUAUUCACUAAUUUGUAUUCAUUUAGACACUUUAUCAUUUUACCACAAGCUAUCUAAUGAUAAUUAAGUUUGAAAUAAAAUAGACAAGUUUCAAAGUGUAGGUUAAUAAUUUUAUGGGUCUGUGUCGCGCCACACUGGCCUGUCUACACAAGCUUUUCGUUUUCUUCUCACUCGCCGAUCGCCUUCCCCGCACGUAUGAUUGUUGAGUAUGUUCCUUUUCGCUUGUCCUUAUUAUUUGCUGGUUAACCUCACUUAGAGUUUAUUUAUGUUAUUCUACAGUGAAAUGGGUCUUAUAGCGGCUCCAUUUACGUGGUAUAUUUGACGUAAGUGAUUCCACUACGAAUGUCCCUUUUACUAAAGAAUAACACAUUUAAUUGUGAUAAACGUUUUAGAAGUAUGCGUGUCUAUGUGAUUCAUGGAUUUUUUGCUGUGUAUAUGAUAAAAAAAACUCGCUUAAAUGCCUUCAAGAUAGGUUCUAUUUAUAUAAUUCUCGCGAAAAUAAGACUUAAGUUUAUAAAGUGACGAUUAUGAUUGUUUUAAAUUCCAAUUUGUUAUAUUUUGUAUAUAAAAGGUUGACAUACUAAGGAUAUACAUUAGUUAUUGUGUAAGUAGGAUUGUAUCCUCGAUUUACAAUCUUAGAUAGUUUUCAAAUAACUAUGUCAAAAGUUGUUUAACUAAUACUGAAUUAUGUUUUAUUAUUCUAAAGGCUGAUUUAGACGGUGCGCGAACUCACAUGCGAUUUUAGUUACAUUGCGGACUGUUGGUUACGUCUAAGUCAACCGACCGAUCAAAACCCGCAAUGUAAUGAGACUCGCAUGCGAGUUCUCGCAUCGUCUGAAUGAGCCCUUAAGCAUAGUUUAAAAUAGGACCAACUGUUCUCUAUCAACGUUUUGCUUAGAGGUCUCGAACAUGGCAAGUUUUUUUGUAAGACUGCUCCUUUUAGAUACUCGUUGCAAAAGGUCAAAGUGUGCGAAGGUUUUUCUCCACCUAUCCAAUUCUAUUGCUAUCUUUGUCCAAUGUGUAUUGCGUCUCACAUUUUGCUUUAAUGAGAGAGUGAGACGCACUGAGAUUAGACAACGAAAUUGGACAGGUGAAAUACCACCCUAACUCAUAACAAACGUAUGUUUCAAUAAAAGACUCAUGUAUAUGUAUUGUUGUGCUGCAGAAUGCCCAUUAGGACAAAUAUUCUGAUAUACAGGUACGCCAAAAACCUAAAUUAAGAAAACCUAUACCUGCAAUGUGUGUGCAAUUUUUCAAGCGUCGUUUUUUAAACCAAAAUGAUGCAUAAUUAUUGGAGCUCUUUCAAGAGCUUUGAAACUUCAUAAGUAUUUACCCUAUGUGUUAAUUUUAGAUAUUUAAAUGUGUUGAAAUUAAUUUCAACGUCUGGUUCACGAGGCUAUAAUUUAGGCUUAUGCCGAAAUAAGUAUUUUCUAUCUUUAUUAAUAAAUCGGACAUAUGUAAGGGUGUAGAGAAAGAGUCUCGGCAUUAUCGUUAGUCUAAAAGUUGAUUUUUUGAUAACCCACGUAUGACAGCGCCUUAUUGACGGUGGAUUUUAAAGAAGAUCUAUUGGAUAUGCAAAAAAAAUCUUCCUAAUUUACCAAACACUAAUUACCACUAUACAAGUUUCAAUGUAUUUCUUGAUGGUAAUAAUAAUAAACUAUGAACCGAAAAUAUAUGUCAUAUAUUAAACAAAAAGUGACGAAGUCCUCCAGUGGUGAAGGCCGGUUAAACAAUUUUUCCUGGUGGUUCAAAUUUUCUAUGGAGUUGGUAACUACGAUUUAAACAUAAUACAAUUGUUAAAUAAUUCCAUCUGUCUUUAAGAAACUAGCCUAUUGCGAGAUACCUAUUUCAGGGUAAACAGCUAUAUUGACCAUUCAUUGAUUUUUAUCAAGGAGUGUCAGUAACGUGGUAGUUUACCCCAUAUCAAAGAUUCGUUUAUUGUAUUAGAUGUGUAGACUAAGCUUUGCGCUUCGAAUAAAUAGUUUUCAAAUAGAUAGAUGGCUCUGUACGGUUCCGUACAUUAUGCGGUAACUCUGGUUACCAAUAGGUUUUCGUAUGGUAAUUGAGUUACCACAAAACAUAUAGCAUAUACAGCGCCCCGUUCUUCAAAUGUCAAUCUCGGGGGUAAGGUUUUUACUUAGAGUUUAACACAUCUUAUACGAUCAAUGAAUCUUUGCCCUAUAAUAAAAUAGUUCAAUCUUAUGAAACCAGUUCGUGUUAGUAAAGUGUUCUAUUAUUGUAGAAUUUCAACUUAGUUUCUAAGAAACAUUGUGACACCAAUUAUUUCUCAUAGAGAAAUUAUUUAUUUUUGGAUAAGUGAUUUUACUUGCAUUUUAUUAAUUUAGAUAUUUUAGAUGCAUUUUAGCUUUUCAUAAUUCGUCUUACUCGCAAUUAGUCGUUUUUAUGCGCUUACUUGUAACAUAACUUAACCAGAUUUUAAU